ACAGCGCAGCAUUUCGCACAUGUCAGUCGGCGUGUUGCGGGCGGCGUGUGAUCGGCCGUCAGCCGCCUUGCGCCGAAAUGCCUGCAGCGCCGCUUAUUUACCUGGACCGAGCCAGUCGCCGUCAUGUUUAUUCGGCGUUUCUUUGCCGUGUCUCUCUUCGUCGUGUUCGCCGGAAUUAAGGGACACUUUUCUUGAUCUAAAAAAACAAACAACGAAGUGCACGUAGAAAAUCAAGCCAAUCGCUAAGAAUGGAUCUGAGAGACACGCAUACAUGGUAUUAGAUGGUAUUAGGCGGAAAGUGUCUCUGCAUCGGAUUGCGCUGCAUCAGAGCCCGAAGGCGGCGGGUGGCGACAGGAGGCGGCGGCACGAUCACGGAGUUCAGAUGUGUUCGAUGAAUGUAAGAGGAAGCCUUCUUCUGAAUAGAGAUGGAGAGCAGAACUCCAAGUGGCAGCCAGUCCGCUGGCUUGCAGGCUGAGCUCCAUAGUGGCAGAGCUUCACAGCCUGUUGAGCUCCAUUCCAGGGACGACCUGGGGCUGCGAUUUCAGCCACUUUCCCUGAGUCAGAUCCAGACUGUCAGAAGUACCAAUGAGUACACUGAGGGCCCCAUGGUGGCACCCAGGCCUGGGAGCCGACCGGUUACCGAGCAACCAAGUGUGCACAAAGCAGAGCGAGCACAAGGCCUGAAUGAUGGGGCCCAGGACCGCUGCAUCCUGGGUGGGCCGCAACAGGACCCCCAGGAUCACUCAUCCCCCCCAGCAGCCGCUUUGGCCUGGUCCAUGAGCACCAUGAGCUCUGGUUCCCGGAACUGUCCGAGGACAAGCACCAGCAGUACGUCGUCGGGCCAGAGACUCUUGGAACCGUGUCUUGCGGAGGAGGGUGUUGAGGCCCCUGAGCGCUUGGAGGCCAAGGCGGAGAAGCUAAUGCCCGCUGGGGGUGCCGAGUCGAGCGGGCACAGGUAUGUCUGUGAGGACUGUGGGAGGUGCAGGUGUGAGGAGUGUACCAGCCCCCAGACGCUGCCCUCCUGCUGGUUCUGCAGCCACCGCUGCGUCUGCUCUGCGCAGGACGCCGUCGACUACAGCACCUGCCUCUGCUGUGCAAAGUGCCUGUUCUACCACUGCUCCACUGAUGACGAGGACGUCUGCGCAGAUGAGCCGUGCUCCUGCGGCCAAACCAAGCGCUGUGUGCGCUGGACUGCCUUGGCCGUCCUGUCUCUCCUGCUGCCUUGCAUGUGGUGUUACCUUCCGGCGAAGGGCUGCCUUAAGCUAUGCCAGAGCUGCUACGACGGCAUGAAGAGGCCAGGCUGCAGGUGUAAAGCUUGUCGACCUGUCAAGAAGCCGACAUAAGACGAGUAUCGUUUCGGUAACAGGGUCUGACCUCGCUGCAGCUCCAUUCAUGUGCUGCACGCUGGUCUGCGGCGUUCCUUAAGGAUGCAACGCAGAACACAGUGUCUUACUUGUUCCCGCGGUUUUAGAAAGGAACAGUUAUGAAAACUCUCGGAAUGUUAUUCUGACAGAUUUGAUGAAAUCUAACUAGUCCCGUCAAUCCAUGUUUGAAUAACUGAUGCAAAAUGUUUAUUAGCCAAUGACCAUUUUCUUAUAAAAGAUGUUUUAUUUUUGUAUGGUUCAACGGGCCGAAAUGCACCUUGAUUUAACAUGCAUGUGUAGUUGUGUGGAUGUAUGUCAUGUACAUAUCGUUUAAAUGUGACUCCAUGUUUUAGAUUUGACUUCUGUUUAAGGUAAAUGCAUAACCUUUCCAGUCUCCCUUAAAACAUACUUUCAAAUUGUAAAAUGAUCUAAAGAAUCUAUAUUUUCCAAAACAAAAAAAAAAUUGUUCCUAGUGUAAAAAUAUAUAUUUAUUUGAAUUAUAUUUUAAUAAUAAAAAUAUAUAUAUUUAUUUGCGUGGCAUCAUAAAAAUGCCCAUUAAAAUAUACCUUUGUAAAAAUGUUACAUUCAGUGCUGAUCUCUAUAAAAUAGAAAAUACAUUAACAUUUUGAAAUGAAAUUCUACAUACAUGUUGUCCGUGUUUCUGUUCAGUAACUCAUGAAAAGAUUACUGGGGUCUGUCAGUCAGCUAGAUUGCACUUUAAACACUUUUAUUUAAUAACCGCAAUCGAAUGAAUAACGUUUUAACAACUUCUUAGUUAGCACAGGAAAUGGGAGGAUGACAGUUUCCAAACUUUUCAGCAAAAGCAAUAAACUCACAGGUACAGAAGCAGUAUGUGCAGUGAACAAAUCCUGCAUCCAUCCUACAUGUGCACUGCAUCCCAAAUAUGUCUGUACAUAUAUACAGAGCUCACAGAAAAUCUUUGGAGGCUUGCAUAAUCCUGUAAAAAUGUUGCAAAUUUAUUGGUCUCAUAAAAAAAAGUCCAUUGACGAGCAAUAUUUAACAUACCUGCACAUAUCUUCUACACAUAUUUGCACAUUUCUUCCAUGAAUUUUAUUUUUAUAAAAUGUCUUUCUUUCUUUCUUGACAUUUUUUGACAUUCAGUUGUGCAGUGGUCACUUCGCUAUUGCAGUUGUAGUCACUGGUUCCCAGAGGGAUACUAAACACAAAUCUUUGGUGUUUUAUCUUAUUGCAAAGUUGUUGCUAAGUAAAAAGCCUCUAAUGAAAUGUGCACACAUACGCAGCACUGUGCAGAAGUCUUAGGCAGUCAUGCAUCUUCCUAUUGGUGUAAUACUUUGUCAUUGUGUCUGUCAAAGUGUGUCAGCUUAACCAUUUCAACCCCCCUCCCAAAAGUCACCCCAAUACUUGCCACAGCCGUCCAGCAUGUUUUUCACUCCACUAGCACACCUUGUAUAGCUAAUCUAUACCUUAUUGACAUUUUGAACUACAUAAAUUAGUUAAUUGCGCGAGCUUGACAUAAAAUUGGUGAAAUACUGUACAGGGAAUGACUGGGGUGGGUCUGAGGAGAGGUUUGGGAGCUGAAGCAGCCCAUGAAAUACCAGUGCGGGAGAAAAACAUUAAUGACAAUAUUUAUUGUGUCACUCUUAAUAUUCAUAUAUUCUUAUUUUAAAUUAUGUUUUUGUACUGGGCAUGUAUAAUUACUACCCAAAUAAAUGGCUUUAAACAUUUCCUUUGACUGCCUAUGACUUUAGCACAGUACUGAAGAUAGAUAGAUAGAUAGAUAGAUAGAUAGAUAGAUAGAUAGAUAGAUAGAUAGAUAGAUAGAUAGAUAGAUAGAUAGAUAAUACAUUAAAACCCAUAUGAUAACACUGUUUAAGAAUUUUCAUAAAAAGAAAUGGGAGUCAAUUCAUCAGGCGAAUUUGAAUUAAGUUGGCAUCAAGUCAGUAAUGAGACAAUACAUUUACAGUGUAUGAAGUUGCAUGUAAUAUUGAUCACAGCAUAUGGAGACUGUCCCAGAGACAAGAGAAACUCUGCAUGGGCUUGAGUUGGUUUUUCCACUGUUUUUAUUUAUGCAUUUUGUUCUGUUUGUUUGUUUGUGUGCGUGUCUGUGUGUGUCUGUCUGUGUGUGUAUGUCUGUGUGUGUGUGCGCAUGUGUGUGCGCGCAUGUGUGUGUCUGCAGGCAGAUUUGUGGCAGUACUUCAGAAGUGCAUUUUGGCAAAACUUAAUACAAUAGCUCUGUAUAGUAAUCGUGGGGGAGCCCGGACUUGGAUGAGUGCCAUUCUAAGUACGUUAAAUUGCUCUAAUCUUAAUUGUUUCCAAGCAUGUAUCUGGCAGCUACAAAGAAGAAGCAGAAGGAUUUAGCGAGCAUUCUCAUAGCUAACUUAAAGGCACAUCGCGGAGUGCCUCCGCUUUCCAGCAAGUUCCAUUACACAACCUGCGUACCAGAUGGUUUGUGUACAGACCAAAAGGUCAGCGAUCGUGCUACAAGAAUCAUUCCACAGAGAGCGGUAGUUACUGCCCGGUCUCAUUAUUAAACUAUUUAAAGAAAUGUAUU